UGUUUGAAUGUUUGGCGUGGCGAGGAGUCUGCGGAUGGCGCGAUGCUGCUGGCGGGCUGAGACGACUGUGCCCGGGAAAGCGUGACCCGGACGGCAUCCUGAAGCUGAGCUUCUGCCUUCCUAGGAGUUUCCUGAUACGUGUUGCCCUCCUCAAGCAAGAAUUCAGGCUAAUGAUAUGAAUGCGGAUAUGGUUUAGCCUGAAAUUGUAAAAAAUGGCCAGAGUUAAGCGGCGGUGCCAAAAACUGAGGUCCAGAACAAAACCCUUGUCAAAGAGGAAAGAACCUAUUGAGUUUCCACGUUCAUCUGUUCUUCCUUCAAAAGCCUUCCCUUCAGAGUCUCCAGUUUCCUGCAGCCAAAGGCAGCCUUUUUGUUCCUGGCUGUUAUCUUUUGGGGACAUCAUAGAAGCUCUCAAGCGUUUGCUGGCGGCAGCGGUUACUUGGUGUUGGUGGUGCCAGAGAAAUGUUGCACAAGUUUUUCACGUCCUUGUAAGUGCAGUGUUUCCUUCACUCACGUACCUGCAGGAGCUGAAGGAGCUCAGGGGUGAAGUCAGAAACCUGGAAAGGGACUUGGCUAAGCUGCGGUCAAUUCUCCAGAAUGGAGGCACUGGGGCUUCUGCAGGAAACCCGUCUUGCCAGACCUCUCCAGACUUAUUGGCAGCUUCCCCCACACGCACACAGCUCAGCCUCGCAGCACCUGUGCCUUUGCCUUCGCGAAAGCCAGGGACCCCCGUUCCCCCACCCCCACCUCCUCCCCCCCCACCGCCACCGCCACCAGCACCACUUUGUUUCAAAAGAGGAGGGGACGCAAAGCCCCAGGGCCGCCACCGAGGAGAAGGAGUGCCACAGCCGGCCCCUGGGUGCCACGGCUCAAAGCCCCCGCCACCCUGUGCUCCGCCGGCCCUGCUGAGUCCGGCUGACCUUCGCCAUCUUCUUCCCGCUGCUGGCGAGGUGUGCCUGGCCCAGCCCUAUAACAAGGCAGCUGCUGGCUGUACUGGGCCUUCCCAAACCCACUCGCACCGUUCUCCAAAUCGCACCGUUCUCUUUUCACGAUGCUUUGGAAGGCCUCAGGAGCUUUCCAAAGGCUUUCCGAAGCAUCGCGAGAACAGCGCACACAAUUUGGGUGCGGCAGCCAGCAGUGGCCGCUGA